AGAGAGAGAGAGAGAGAGAGAGAGAAUUAUAUGGUGCUAAUUUAACCGAACCGUUGGUAUGGGAUAUCAUUGGCACUACAGACACACGUCAAUGCUACGAUACGUGGAGCACUACAGACAUCUUGUUAAACACCACAAACUUAGUCUGAAGCUAAACCACAGAGAUCAUCAUGUGUGUGUCUCACAAAGAGAGAGAGAGAGAGAGUAAUUUGGGGCAGGUAAUUCUCCGCAAAAGCAGCGCUGGUGACUUCUAUAAUUUGGUUGCUUAGACCGAAUCCAUACAUGCCGAGCCUCUAGAUAAAGACCAGGAAAACAAGAAACACAACAAAAGCAGUGUGUCAAAGGAGAGAAGCAUUGAAAGCAGCUGUGAUCUACGUUCUCCUUCAUCUCAGGGUGUGUGCAGAAGAGAGAUCGGAGGACCGAAGAGAAGGUGGUGGACACGCAGCUUGUUCAGGUCUGAUGGCCAGAGACAAUAAUGGGUCUCCCAAGAUCCAUCAGCUGGAUUCGAACAGAUGGAGCGUCACCUACGUCUUGGUCGUCGUUGGUCUCUGCAUCACGUUCUACAUCCUUGGAGCUUGGCAGAACACCACUCCGCCCACCCUCGACCCCACCUCCAACCUGGCCACCAAUGCCGGAUGCGACUGUCCCUGUCUGCGCCCCGGUGGCUCGUCAUCCACCAAUGCGGUUCUCGAUUUCGACGCUCACCACGAGUCGAACCUCAACAUGACGCCGGCGACGAACGACAAGUUUCCGCCUUGUGACCUAAACUUCAGCGAGUACACGCCUUGCCACGAUCGAACCAGGGGAAGGAGGUUCGAGAGGGCGAUGCUGGUGUACCGGGAGCGGCACUGCCCCGGCAACGACGAGCUCAUCCGGUGUCUCAUCCCUGCUCCGCCCAAGUACAAGACGCCAUUCAAGUGGCCGCAGAGCAGAGACUACGCCUGGUACGACAACAUCCCCCACAAGGAGCUCAGCAUCGAGAAGGCCGUGCAGAACUGGAUCCAGGUGGACGGCGACCGGUUCAGGUUCCCCGGCGGCGGCACCAUGUUCCCACGCGGUGCCGACGCUUACAUCGACGACAUAAAUGCGCUCAUCUCCCUGACCGACGGCAGCAUCAGGACCGCCAUCGACACGGGUUGCGGAGUCGCCAGUUGGGGUGCUUAUCUUUUGAGGAGGGACAUCGUGACGAUGUCGUUCGCCCCGAGAGACACACAUGAAGCGCAGGUGCAGUUCGCUCUGGAGCGCGGAGUUCCGGCCAUGAUCGGAGUUAUGGCCACGCAGAGGCUGCCGUAUCCCGCUCGAGCUUUCGACAUGGCUCACUGUUCCCGGUGUCUGAUUCCUUGGCACGCUUUCGAUGGUCUGUAUCUGAUCGAGGUGGAUCGAGUUCUAAGACCAGGAGGGUUCUGGAUUCUGUCCGGUCCUCCAAUCCACUGGAAGAAGUACUACCAAGGCUGGGAAAGAACUCAAGAAGACCUCAAGAACGAGCAGGACUCGAUCGAGGAAGUCGCGAAGCGGCUGUGCUGGAAGAAAUAUAUCGAGAAGGAGGAUCUCGCGAUCUGGCAGAAGCCAUUCAACCACAUGGAAUGCAUCGAAAGCCGAAAGAUCUACGAGACGACGCCCCAGAUUUGCAAGAAGGACAACGCCGAUGCUGGCUGGUACAAGAAGAUGGAGGCCUGCAUAACCCCAUUGCCGGAGGUGAGCAGCCCAGAUGAAGUCGCAGGCGAGGUGCUCGAGAAAUGGCCCGAGAGGGCAUUCGCCGUCCCGCCGAGAAUAAGCAGGGGCACAAUCCCCGGGCUGGACUCCAGGAAAUUCGAAGAAGACAACGCGAUGUGGAAGGAGCGGGUGACACACUACAAGAAGAUCAUCCUGCCGUUGCCCAAAGGGCGGUACCGGAACGUGAUGGACAUGAACGCCAACUUGGGUGGAUUCGCGGCGGCUCUGGUGAAGUAUCCCGUGUGGGUGAUGAACGUGGUGCCUGCAAGCUCCAACCAAGACACCCUCGGCGUCAUCUACGAGCGGGGAUUCAUCGGAACGUAUCAGGACUGGUGUGAGGCCUUCUCCACUUAUCCUCGGACGUACGACCUCAUCCACGCCGACGGUGUCUUCAGCAUCUAUCAGGACAGGUGCGACAUUACCUACAUCCUCCUGGAGAUGGACAGGAUACUGAGGCCGGAGGGGACGGUGAUCGUUCGCGACACGGUGGAGGUGCUCACCAAGGUGCAGGCGAUCACAGAUGGGAUGAGAUGGAACAACCAGAUCAUCGACCAUGAAAGCGGACCUUUCAACCCGGAGAAGAUACUGGUGGCGGUCAAGACUUACUGGACUGCUGACCCCUCCACGCAGCAGUAGCUGCCGAGAGAUCUUUCCUUUGUCGCUCUGUGUUUUUUUUUUUUGUAUGCUCUAAUUUGUAUUUUAGGUUGUGCGCUCUUUGGAUUGCAUCUCAAUUUUGCUCACCGGAGACUUUGAGAUGGUCGGUGAUAGGUAGAGAAGAAGUGCAGGGUUAUGCAACCUGUGGCAUUGUCUGGGUGUCAACAAUCAGAAUGGCUGUGUAAACUACAUUCCUACUGAAUGUUGGUGUUGCCAUUAUAGAACAAACAGUGUGGGUGUGGAUUCUGCUUUC